AUAAUUUAUCUGCUACUGACAGUGCACGUGGUUUUUAAAUCUCUGGAAGUCGCUGGGUUAAAUUACUGUACCGCACAAUUAUCUAAAGUGCGUGUCGAAUGUCUGGAGGAAUCCGUCGUUCUGUGCGGCAUUGACAAAGAAAACACAAUGGAACACAAAGAAAACAGAUGCCGGUAUUGUUCACUGUGCCAGGAUAACCUAAAUAUAUGCAAGAUACGGAAGUUGGCUCCACUGACAUCUUGCCCGGAAGCACAACACAUCCGACAAAGCCUGAUUGAACAGAGAACACGUUUGCGCUAAAACUUCCAACGCUGCCAAACUUCGUUUGCAAGUGUUUUCUGAUGUCUCUGUUAUACCGCC